AUGGGCCGAUCACACCCUUCAAUUUCAAAAAUCAAACAAUGAAAUCCAGGAAAGGUACUUUUUAAAUCAAGACACAUUAAAUCAAAAGACAAAUUAUUUAUAAAAUAUAUGAAGCCCAUUAAGCGUCAAAACAGCUCCAAAAAGAACAGAACCGAUUCGAUGAAGCCUGCAAUAGUAAUUAAAUCAGCAAAUAGUAAUCCAUGUCUCCAAAAUGACGGUAGCCUUGUAUUCUCUUACCAGUUUAGCAUUGUUAAGAUAGAUCUAAAAACCAUGAAAACUACUCACAAAAAUUUCCCUCAACGUCCAGAAUUCGACAAAAGUAUAUCGAUAUGUGCAAUCCCCAAUAAUAAAUUUUUUUGCAUUGAUUUUGGAAAUAGCUUGACAUUUAUCAUUGAUAAAAGCCUCAAAUUUUCAGAAAGCAAACAUAUCGAGCCAAAAAAAUACGGUAGUAUGAUAUAUCUUGAUGGGCUAAUUUAUUUAAUCGCGAUCAAGCCUGGCCUAAGAACAAUAGAAACAUAUGAUUUAAAUAGAAAUAGAUGAAAACAAGCUGUAUCUACUAAAAGAUAUGAUUCAUAUUAUGAUUCGAUUUUAGCAGCUUUCGAAGGAAAAAUUAUAAUUGCUCCACAUGGCAGCGGUAGUGUGAAGGCUUUUGACCCUUUUUGUAACAGCGCAUCAAAGAUAUUAAAGCUUAAACCAAAUUACGGAGCAAUUCUUUUGGCUGCGAAUGAUAAAUUGUAUUGCAUUCAACCUGAAGGGUAUGCUUAUGAGAGUUUGCCAAGAGACUGCACACAAUGGAUGUGUAUCAGCAAAACUCUCAUUGCAAGAAUUUAUGGGCUACCUAUGUACUCAUUGUAUAAUGAUUCAAUUUAUUUCAUAGGUGUUCCACAUUGCAUAUCAUUGUAUGAGUUUAAUUUGAAAACCCGGAGCAUGACAUUUAUUGAUCAAUUAUAUUAA